AGUCACGUGGCAAGCGGGCUCACAUGACUGGCGGCGCGAUGGACCGGCUGCUGGCGGCGCCAGUCGGGACGGCAGCUGAGGCGGAGGCCAGCGAGGAGGCGGAUCCCCCGGCGGCAGACUUGCCAACGCCCCAGCUCGUCGGGCAGAGGGACGCCGACCACACGCAGAUGCAGAUGCCUGAGGGGCCUCCACUGCUGCUGUCCUGCACGUUGCAGGACCUGCUGGCCAAGGACAGCGUGCAGGUGGCGCUCAUCCCCGAGAAGAAGGGCCUGUUCCUGAAGCACGUGGAAUACGAGGUCUCAAGCCAGCGCUUCAAGUCCUCCGUGUACAGACGGUACAAUGACUUUGUGGUCUUCCAUGAGAUGCUGCUGCUCAAGUUCCCGUACCGCAUGGUGCCAGCCCUUCCACCCAAGAGGAUGCUUGGAGCCGACAGGGAGUUCAUUGAGGACCGCAGGAGGGCCCUGAAGCGCUUCCUCAACCUCGUGGCUCGGCACCCCCCGCUCUGUGAGGACAUUCUGCUCAAGCUCUUCCUCUCCUUCAGCGGCCCCGACGUGCAGAACCAGCUCAGGGGGUCCGCCCAGUGCCUCGGAGACGAGUUCCUGAGCUGCGAGCUGGCUGCCAGGGCCAAGGACUUCCUCCCGGCUGAUAUCCAUGCGCAGUUUGCCAUCAGCAGGGAGCUGAUCCGUAACAUCUACAACAGCUUCCACAAGCUCCGUGACCGAGCCGAGCGGAUGGCGGCCAGGGCCGUGGACAACGCUGCGGACCUGCUCGUCUUCGGGAAGGAGUUGAGUGCUCUAGGGUCUGACACCACCCCGCUGCCCUCCUGGGCCUCCCUGCACAGCAACGCCUGGGACUCCCUGAAGCAGGCCUUGAAGGGGCUGUCUGUGGAGUUCGCGCUGCUUGCCGACAAGGCUGCCCGACAGGGCAAACAGGAAGAGAACGACGUGGUGGAAAAGCUGAACCUCUUCCUGGACCUGCUGCAGUCAUACAAAGACCUGUGUGAGCGGCAUGAGAAGGGUCUGCUGCACAGGCACCAGCGGGCCUUGCACAAGUCCAACCUGAUGAAGCGGCAGGCGAGCGCUGCGGCACAGAGCCGUGAGCCCGAGGCCGUGGAGCAGCUGGAGUCGCGCAUCGUGGAGCAAGAGAGCGCAAUCCAGACCCUGGAGCUGCGGAACUCCUUCUCACUGUACUGCCUGCACCAGGAGACGCAGCUGGUGCACGCCUACCUGCCCCUCACCUCCCACAUCCUCGGAGCCUUCGUCAACUCCCAGAUCCAGGGCCACAAGGAGAUGAGCAAAGUGUGGAAGGAGCUGGCGCCCAAGCUGAGCUGCCUCUUUGCAGCGCCACACACUGCCGCCAGCUCUGUCGGGGUCUCCACAGCACGAAUGUGUCCUCACUAGUGCCUGAGGCCCCGGCCAUCUCCCGCGGCCUCACUAAAGCUUCUCUCCAAAUGUGUGCCCUGGCUCAUUCCCUUUGGAAUGCUGGCUGUGGUGCUCCUGGGGGCUGAGCCCUCCCGAAGCCGGACAUUUGGAUAUGAAGGACAGGAGGGUCUGCUGCCAACACGGCCCUCUGGCCACCUGCCCGCCCCGUCCUGGCCUGGUCUCUGGAUGAGCUCAGCAGGAGAAACAUGGACCAUGUU